AUGCCUCGCGACCAUGUAGUUCUGGUGUCUGCCUACUUAGAAUACAACAUCCCGACCAUGUUACAUGUAAAACGUCUAAAUCAUAUCCUGGUUAAGGAAAAGAGGACUCUGAUCGGGGCUGACACCAACGGCCAUUCAAAGCUUUGGCACUCGCUCUCCCGAAACCGCCGGUGCAGAAUCACUGAGGAACUCAUUGACAGACAUGGUCUCCAAGUACACAACCUUCCUGGUCAAAUGAACACCUUCUGCCGCAGCGACGGCAGAACAUCUAACAUUGAUGCCACUCUGUCCACAGCUGACAUUGAACCCUUAGUCAGGGGCUGGCAGGUAAAGGACCUUACGGACAGUGACCACAGGGUCAUUACCUUGGCGAUAUUACUUGGCGAUCACGAAGCCCCCCUAACGUUCAAACAACGACGAGGUAUAAUACCAAAUCAGCUGAUUAGGAGAUGUUCUCCUCGGCGAGAUCGGCAGCAUCUCCGAUAG